UCCGUGGCGUGACAUAAUUAAAGAUGGGCUGGCUGUUCAGUCUCGCCUUUUCUCCAAGGGAAAAAAUCAUGAGGCGCCGCAGUCUUGGAGAAAGCUAGCUAGCUCAGUUACGAACUGACCUACACGUUCUAGCAAGAAGUUGAUGCAGUCUAUAAUCAAAGACGGUAAACUGUGCUAUAAUCUUUCGGUGGCCUUGAAAAGCUGAACUCGUUUAACAAUAGGCGUAUAUAGCUAGCUAGCUAACGUUAGCUAGCUUGCUAGGGGAUAACCAGAAAGAGGGAGAGCUCGAGCGUCCAGCGUCUUUGAUCAUGUUAGGUAACGGCAAGAAGCCAGUGAAGAAUGGAGCCGGGACGCCCGAAUCAAAGACUAUCGACCCUCUUAAAAAUUUAGGUGUAGAGGAAGAUGAGGACGUGAAGGUGAUGCUGAAAGGCUCCAGCAUGGUGAAGGUGCGCUCCCCACGCUGGCAGAGGAGACGUACGCUGAAGCUGCUGGACGAUGGAGUCACCGUGUGGUGCGAGUCCGACAAGUUCUCCAGCCGCUCCAAGGCCCAGCAGUCCUUCUCGGUCACGGACGUGGAGUGUGUACGCGAGGGCUUGCAGUCGGAGACCCUGCGGCAGCUGACGGGCUCAGUCCCCGAGGGCCAAUGUCUCACUGUGGUGUUCAAGGGGGCCAGGAAGAGUCUGGACCUGCGCUGCCAGACUGACGAGGAGGCCCAGCGCUGGGCACGGGGCAUCAGGACCCUCCAGGAGAGGGUGGAGAACAUGACCCAGAAGGAAAAGCUGGACAACUGGAUCCAUGGCUAUAUGAAACGGGCCGACCAGAACCAUGACGAGAAGUUGAGCUACGAGGAGGUCCAGGGGCUGCUCACCAUGAUCAACAUUGACCUGAAUGAAGAGUAUGCACGCAACCUCUUCAAGAAGUGUGACCGGUCGUGUGACGGUCGUCUGGACCACGGGGAAAUCGAGGUGUUCUGUAGGGAGCUGCUGCGGCGGCCGGAGCUGGACGCCGUGUUUAGCCGCUACUCGGCUAACGGCUGUGUGCUCUCCACCGUGGACCUGAAGGACUUCCUGAAAGACCAGGGAGAGGACUCCUCGCUGAUCCACGCUCAGAGUCUGAUCCUCACCUACGAGCUCAAUGAGUGGGCCCAGAAGAACGGGUACAUGACGCCCAAUGGUUUCACCAUGUACAUGCUGUCCAAGGAGAACAACGUGUUUGACCCGGACCACGCCAGGGUGUACCAGGACAUGACCAGAUCCCUGGCACACUACUUCAUCUCCUCCUCACACAACACCUACCUCACCAGUGACCAGGUUACUGGCUACAGCAGCACGGAGGCUUAUAUCAGGGCUCUGAACCAAGGCUGUCGCUGUGUGGAGUUAGACUGUUGGGAUGGGGACAAAGGGGAGCCGGUCAUCUACCACGGUCACACACUCACCUCCAAAGUGCCCUUCACAGAAGUCAUCGAGACCAUCGCCGAGUACGCCUUCAAAGCGUCUCCGUACCCUCUAAUCCUGUCCCUUGAGAAUCACUGCAGUGUGGAGCAGCAGGCGGUCAUGGCCCGACACUUGCGCUCCAUCCUGGGGGACAAGCUGCUCACCAAGCCCCUCAAUGAACAGCAGCUUCAGAGCCUGCCCUCACCAGAGGCGCUGAAAGGGAAGAUCCUGGUGAAGGGGAAGAAGGAGAGAGUGGUGGAGAUGGAGAGCUCCUCCAGUUCUUCAGACCUCAGCUCCUCGGAGGAGUGUGAGUGUAGCGAAGCAGAGAGCAAAAAGAAGGAGGAGAAGAAGCCGGGUGUCUCUAAGCUGAGUCCAGAGCUGUCAGACCUGGUGGUGUACACACGCAGUGUUCCCUUUAAAGGCUUUGACCAGGCCGCAAAGAAACCCCCCACUGAGAUGUCCUCCUUCUCAGAGAGCGAAGCCCUCAAACACGUCAAAGAAUCAGGGAAGCAUUUUGUCCGUCACAACAGCCAUCAGUUGAGCAGGAUCUAUCCCUCAGGACAACGCCUGCAGUCCUCCAACUACGAUCCCCAGGAUAUGUGGAACGGCGGUUGCCAGAUUGUGGCGCUGAACUUCCAGACGGCAGGGGAAGAGAUGGACCUGAACCGGGGUCGCUUUUUACACAACGGCCUUUGUGGAUACGUCCUCAAGCCCUCCUUCAUGACCCGCCCAGACUGCAACUUCAACCCCGAGAACACAGGGGGAGGACCCGGACACGACCCCACCCUCCUCACCAUACGGGUGAUCUCAGCCCAGCAGCUUCCCAAGCCAGAGUGGGAUAAACCCAGCUCCAUCGUGGACCCUCAGGUGUGGGUGGAGACCCAUGGCGUUCCCAUCGAUAACAACAAAAAGAUGACCCCCCGUGUGGACAACAACGGGUUUAACCCUCGGUGGGACUGCACCUUCAACUUCACUCUGCAUGUCCCUGAGCUGGCUCUGGUGCGCUUCAUGGUGGAGGACCACGACUUCACCUCCAGAAACGACUUCCUGGGACAGUUCACCCUGCCCUUCACCAGCCUCCGCACAGGUUACCGUCAUGUCCACCUGCUGAAGGUCGAUGGUUCCAGCCUGUCACCCACUUCUCUGUUCAUCCAUGUUAAGGUCACCCCCUGCCACAGUAGCCCCUCCAAGGCCUCAGCCAAAUCUCCGUCCUCAACCAAGAUCGUAGCCAAAUCACCAGCCAUAUCUCCAACCAAGAUCGUAGCCAAAUCACCAGCCAUAUCUCCAACCACGUCCCAAGCCAAAUCACCAGCGAAGAAGCAUUAAGUCUCUUCCCAGUCUCCACCUAAGUAACCCAGGGUUAAGAUGAAACUCAUUCUGUCCUCUACUCUUUUUUUUUAUGGUGUAGUAAACAUGGUUGCAGUCCAUUCCCUUUCAAUUGAGUCUGCUUCACUCCCAUUAUUCUUUUUUAAAGAGAACUUGAAAACUUGUAACCACUGUUCUUGGUUCCUCCCAACUAGAGUGAUCUAAGUAGAGGGCCCAAGUGGAGACUGUCUAUAUCAUCAACAGUGUGGAUGUCCUACUGUAUACCAUUUAUUAUCUAACAGCAUAUCUAUAGUAAUGAACUUUGAUCUCCAGUAUUCUGUGAGACUACUGGACCAGGAUCUCUGGCUGUCUGUUUUGUGUGAUAAUUGGACCAAACACAAAAAGAGGGACCAACCAAUAGCCAGCCAGGAUAUAGGGUUGAUGGGACAUCCCUCCACAGCCAUUGCUGAGCAGGUAAACCGUCCAAACAGAACGUUGCAUAUUUAAAGCAUGUUAAAAGGGUUUUAAGAAAUUAUAUUAUUCACCAGUAUUUUUAAAGAAUCACAUGCUUACAGGGGGUAACGUAUUUGUUCCUUACAGAGAAGAUAUCACUAUACCGUCCCAUUCUGUCAUGAUUUAUGGCUAUAAUUCAUCAAAGACCAAAGGACUUAUCAGUUUUCCGAGCCUAGACAUCUUUAGAGAUGUAACCAUAUAGAAGUUAGAUUUGAUAUUCAUAAUUUUCAUAUUAUACUUUAGUUAUCUAGUUGUUGUAGAUAGUAGAUAGAUAUAGUUAUCGUAGCAAUACUAGAAUAUGCACCAUAGUAGAUCGGUUGCCUUUUUGUAGCAUUUCAGAUUGGUAGAAAAUUGUUUUAAAGAGUAACCAGGUCCAUGAUGUUUUCAAGUUUUUGUUUUAUGAUAUCACUGUUCAAGUGAUGUUCAAGUUCAAAAGGCUGUGUUUCAAUAGUUGGAAUUAGUUUCUUAUCCUGUGUCCUUAUGUCCAUGAUGACCAUUCAGGCUGGACAUGACAAAUGAAGGGUACCUUUCCUGAAAGCCUUGUAGCUAAUGUGAAACGUUAUUAUUUUUCUGACGACCCAGACCAUGGCACUUGAAGAACAGCAAAGUGCAUAAUUUGACAAAUGUAAUUUGUUCAAGCACAGAAGAGUGUUUUUAUAAUUGUUACUCUCUGGCAGCUGUGCGUCUGGGUUGUCGAGAGAAAUAACAUGCCUCGUUAGCUAAGGAAAGUCGGAAACUCACACGAGUGCCAUUGAUUUGAGUCCCUCCACCUAUCAGUGAUUAAGGAAAGGAGAUGAAGGAAAGGGGUCAAGGAAAGGAGAAAGGUAAGUCAUUUUAGAGUAUUGAGACAGCCAGGUGUACUGUAGAAAGAUGUUAUUGAGACUGAAGAUGACAAUCGUUGGCUUUCCCUUGUCAAGUCCUCUUCAACUUGGGACAAUAAGUAUGGUUAGUUUGAGACUCAAGCCUUUUUAAAUGUUUUAAAGUGAUUGCAAUGAUUUGAAAUACAUUAUCUAUUGUCCAUAAUUUAUAUCAUGUCAUCUUUGAAAGAAGAGUUUUAACAUCAAUAUUCUUGUUUAUUACCCAGAUUAGUUUUGUUGUAGAAUUAUUUGAUAGACAAUUUUUAUACAUAUUUACUGUAAUGUAAAGCAAUACCAUCCAUUUUGGAAUGCUUUUUAAGGAAUAUGUUUUUGUAAUGGUUUAUUGCUCCAUCCAUUUAUACAAUAUUGCACUUCUGGGCUCGUAUUCAUAAAGUGUCUCGGAGUAGGAAUGCUGAUCUAUGAUCAGUUUUGCCUUUUAGAUCAUAAUGAAUAAGAUUUUAUGGACAGGGGGACCUGGUCCUAGAUCAGCACGCUUUAUGAAUACGGGCCCUGGUCUACUCCUCAAUGGUAUUGUAUGGAUUCAAAAAGAGAUGUGAUGUUUGUGUAAAAGACAAAAGUGAAGUUGUGAAAAUGUCCUGCUGUAGCAAAGAUAAGGAGAAAAAUGUAUACUGUAAUUGUAGUGCAAAAUACAAACACCAUGUCACGCUAUUAUAUAUGGUAUUUAUUGCACAUAUUUUGGCUAUAGCUUAUUUUUUUUGUACAGUGAUUUUCCAAGGCAAUGAAAAGUCUUGUUUUAACUCAAGGACACUUUCAGGUUUCCAAUACCAAACAUAUUGUAUCAACAACAUCAACCUAAGUGUUCACACAAAAUGUGAUUUUGUUGGUAAUUGUUACUGAAGGAGAUGGAGUAUAUAUUCGAUGAUGGUGAUGAUGAUGAUGAUAAUGAGGGGGAGGAGGGUAACAGGGUUCAAUUCACAAAACUGACUGGGAAAUUACAGUACAUUUUACAUUUUAGUCAUUUAGCAGACGCUCUUAUCCAGAGCGACUUACAGUUAGUGAGUGCAUAAAUUUUUCAUACAGUACAAAUGUGUUACGUAUGUUGGUAGGUUUAUCCUUUAGUUCUAUUGUAUUUUGCUCUAUUCAGUUCUAUUAUAUUACAUGUUAUUGUCCAAAAUACACUUCUAAAUGCC